GUGGACCCAACGAACAAAAUGUUGGUGAUCUAUUUGAGUAGGACGCUGCUGUGGAUUUACUCAAAAAGAUAAAACUCGGUUUAGCAAUUUGAUUUGUGAAGUCUUCGCGAAAAGGCAGCAGAAAAAUGCGGGAAUAAUACUGGUUUUCGACGACGCUCUGAUGUGUUACGAUGUGUCUGUGAGUCUCCGUAGAAGUUUUUCUCGCCUCUUUUUGUUUUGUUUUUGGUGCUAGUCCGGGGGUUGGUUGUUGCUGUAGAAGCAGGUGUGACGGAUUUGCUGAGACAGCGUGGACUAUUUUGGUUGAAACUUCAAGAUGGGAUUUUAUUUGAGCGCAGACAAACUAUGACUGGACGAAACAUCUGGCCACCCCCAAUUUAGUCUUCCAUUUACAUGCAGAAGUCAUGUAAUGAACGUAAGCUACAGUGAUUGACCAUGACUGCUUACGACUCUCUCGUUUACAGCUACAGUGAUUGACCAUGACUGCUUACGACGAGAUCGCAUCAUGGACAACAUCAGCUACAGGAGGUACCGUAUCUUCAGAGAAUUUCACGGCGGAACUCACGGGUAACAACACGGGUGCUGAUCCACGCCCCCCGUUCGGGACCCAUCCGCUAUGGGCGGCAAUACUCAUCAUCAUAGUCGCGGGCUGUUUGAGUGUGUUUACCGUCAGCGCAAAUCUGAUGGUGUGGAUUUCAUUUUUUAUGGAUAAACAACUUCAGGUCAUCAACAAUUACUUUCUGUUGAGUUUAGCGGUAGCGGAUGUGAUCCUUGGAGCUAUAUCGAUACCACUAUACACUGUGUACCUACUCCAGGGCGAGUGGAGAUUGGGACCAGUCGUCUGUGAUAUAUGGCUCUCUAUUGACUACGCUGCAUCCAAUGCCUCUGUUAUGAACCUAUGCAUUAUUUGUUUUGAUAGAUACUUAUCCAUAACCCGUCCACUGACAUAUCGGGCGAACCGGACACCGAGGAAAGUCAAGUUUAUGAUCUCCGCCGCCUGGGGCGUCUCGCUUGUGAUAUGGGUGCCGCUCAUCAUCGGCUGGCAAUUCUUCGUCGGCCAGAGAAACAUAGGAGAAGGCUAUUGCGCAAUCCAGUUCCUCACCGAUGAGAUCAUUCUAAACAUCAUCACCAUCGUCAUAGCGUUCUACGUCCCGGUGUCUCUCAUGUGCGUGCUGUAUUAUCGAAUUUGGCGCGAAACUGAAAAGCGCGCCCGGGAACUAGGAAAUUUACAGGCAGGUGGGAGGGACACAAACACGUCCAAGCACCUGUUGUCAUCAGACGAAGGAAAUGAACACCCUGAGAAGAGCCACCGGUGUGCCGGGUUAAAGGCGCGCUUACUGUGUUGUGUGAUAUCGGAUAUAUACGACGACGAACUUGAGGAGAGCAGUGAUAUAGCCUCGACCAUGCCGGCGACCACAACCAACAGCCACCACGUCCCAUCGGGUAAGUCUCGCUCCAAUCACAACCAUGUUCACAGUGCCUCCUCCAAGCCUUCCUCCCCUAGUCUUUCCCCGGAGACACGGCCCAAACGGGCCGGCCGCGUCACACCGGAGAGUCCCGUGAGCGACGCGGACAAAAGCUUCGCUGCCUCGUUGUAUACGAUCCUCAUCAAACUGCCCGGCGAGAACGGCGUCAACCCCGGCAGUGAUCAGCCGAAAAUUACGCUGAUCGAGGGUGAGCCGAUAAAUGACACGUGUGCAGCGUUGUUGCAGGACCAGGACGGCACCCAUCUCGUUACCCCACACAAACAACAACAUGUGUGCCACCGCGAGCGAGCAGGCUCAACGACAAGUAUCCAAAGCGGAAAGAAUAAACCUCUAACAAUCAGUACGAUAUCCAUGGUCAACAAGAUGGCCGCUCGAGCCAAGACCAAUGUUGUCAAGAGGAAAAAAUCGGCUCUGAUACGAGAGAAAAAGGCGGCGAGGACUCUGUGCGCCAUAUUAUCAGUAUUCAUAAUCACGUGGACCCCGUACAGUAUUCUGGUGCUGGCCACGUACGGACAGAACCUUGAAGAGCAGCCCGUGUUGCAGAAAAUGUUUGAUAUCGCCUACUGGCUGUGCUAUUUAAACAGUACUGCCAAUCCCAUCUGCUACGCCCUGUGCAAUGCUAACUUCCGCAGAUCGUUCAUACGCAUACUGCACUGUCAAUGGAAGCCAAAGAGACCAAAUGCCCACAGAACAGUUCACCAAACAAACUCCUCAACCAGACGUUAAAAGUUUCCCCUUUUUACAACAAGAGCUGAAUUUGUGAACAGAACCGAUUUUGUUUUGUUUGUUCGGAUUUUGUUUUUGUCCUUCUGUGAAGGAUUGAACUUCGUGUAUGUGCUAACUGUGUCGUGGAUAGCGACGCUCGUGGAAUAUGACGGUGUUAUUUGCGUAUUUACUGUCAUUGGGGGAAGGAAAAAAGCUUCCUUGAAAACAACUCAUAUUUGGGAAAAGGGCAUCUCACCAUAUUAGGAAUUAUAGUACACUUAAAAAGCACUGGACACCAUUGGUAAUCACUGUUAGCAUAAAAACUAACUUGUUAACGAUCAAUUGAGAGCUGUUG